UGUUCUUUUUUUCAUGGUCCUCCAACGCAGAAGAAGAAGAAAGUGAAGCGUAACCAGGCAACCAGAGAGAAGCUGUUCAACUGACAAUCAACGAAUUCUGACUGAGCGUCUGGAAAACUACUUUAAAACCACUAAUAGACAUUUUCUCAACACACCAUGUCCUGUACUACAAAUAAAAACUCCAAGCCAAAGUCCAUGAGCAUGGCGAAGGGAUGGACUGCAGAGGUGGAGAACCUGUUCAGAUUCCAGCAGGCGGGUUACAGAGACGAAAUGGAGUACAUCCAAGUCAAACACGGGGCCUUGGUCGAUAAGUGGCCCGGGACCGGCUUUGUGAAGAAGCUCCAACGUCGGGAUGACACGUUUUAUUAUUACAGCAGGAAGAGGGAAUGUGAGGAGCGUGAUGUCAACAAAGUCAUAAUUUACACAUAUUAAGGAAUCUUCACUGAAAGUGUGAAGGAGAAGAAGAAGGGCUUUAAAAGUCCACAUGUUGAACUUGUUGCUUCUCAGAGAGAGCAUUGUUGACGGAUGUUUGUAAAGUUAAAAAUAUCACCGUUAUGCUCUAAUA